AUGAUGGUCAAGCAGCUGCAGCUGGCGAAGGGCGCUGGGUCUGCCAACCAGACUUGCGCCCACUUCGCCCUGGCAGCCCUGGAGUUGCGUGGAAGGGGUCUGCCCCAGCUGGCCGAGCUCCAGGAGCUCUGGUGCCGCCCAAACGACGAGGAGGGCAGCUUCCAAGGCCUUCGCAAGGCGAGUGCUGCCAUUGCAGGUCGCAUCGGCAGCUGGUGGCACAGUCGACCAAAGCCCGCGCCGGCGCAGAAUGGCACCCUCUCACUCCUGGAGGUCUUUCCAGGGAAGGCCAUGCCCGGCGCUGGCCUGGUAGUGCAGACGCUGGACUUCGCAUCCAAACGGCGAGAGCAGCUGAAAGGCGCAGCGUGGUCCGCGGUCGGCGGCCUGAGAAGUGCCUUGGACUUCCUCUGCGACGAUGCUUGCGGACUGAGAGAGAAUCCGCCGUCCAAGUUGAAGAUCAUCAGCUAG